AUACGUCCUAAUAUUUAUAAACAUAAAUUUUACGACACUCAAUGUAUUUUAUUUAUGAAACGAAUAUGAUAAGCUAUGAAAGUAAUUAUGUACCAAUCAAUUAGUGUUAAUAAUAAUAUGAUUUAUCAAGUUGUUGUUGCUCUCAAUAAGUGAUUUUUUUGUAUCUAUCUAUUUACGCAGUUUGUAAUUUGGACAUUUUCUGUACAUCACCUUGUUCUUAAGUAGGUGCAUAGGCAGCGACAAUGAAUAAAGACAAACGAGAACUAGAAUAUCCGGCUGAAUUAGAGUCACAGUUCAUACUUAAGCUUCCUGAACAUCCUGCUAAAAUACUACGAGAAUUGUUAAAGUCAGGUGAGAAUUUGAAAAAUCGUCUUACCAUACAGAUUGAUAAUGAUAUGCGGCGUGGAGAGGUACGCUUGGAUCAUUGGUUGAUGCAUGCUAAAAUAAUUGACCUUCCAACUAUUGUCGAGUCCUUGAAAACUAUUGAUGGUAAAAGUUUCUAUAAAACAGCAGAUAUUUGUCAAAUGAUGAUUUGCAAAGAUGGACCAGACCAACCAAUAGCUGAAGAAGAAAUACCAACAAAAAAUAAAAAAAAGGAUCCUUAUAAGGUAGAUAAAAAGUAUUUGUGGCCCCAUGGUGUAACUCCACCAACUAAGAAUGUUCGUAAACGCAGAUUUCGAAAAACUCUAAAGAAGAAGUUUGUUGAAGCACCAGAAAUAGAAAAAGAAGUUAAGAGGCUACUCAGAGCUGAUAAUGAAGCUAUCAGUUUCACUUGGGAAGUUAUCAAAGAAGAAGAUGAAUCGAACAAGCCUGAACCAACCACAUCAAAAAAUACAAAACCUGAAAAAAAGUCAAAAACUAAACGAGGCUCUAAACGAGAAUCAACAUUGCAUGCCACUAAACCAGAGUCAUCAAACAUUGUUGAUAUAUUUGGAGGGGGUGUGAGCGAUAGUGAUUUUGAAGAUGAAACUGUUAAUGUUGAUUUGCAAAACAGUCGUCUAUCAGUUUGUGACAGUCGUCUUUCUGGCAAUAGCACGAAUCAAAGUUUGGGUGAAUCACUAACUAAAUCAUCAGCCUUACCCAUUGAGUUUGGAUCUCAUAUGUUCCAAUCAUCCCAGGGAGUAUCAUCAACUUCUGAUGCAAAGUGUGAUCUCUCAUCUGAAGAUGAUGGUGAAUUUAGCCAUGAAAAAGAUGAUAUGGCUUUGAGAAUUAAUCAACUUAAAUUGGAAGUGGAUGAACUGAAACAACGCCGACAGAAGAUCAAACUUGAAAUUUCAGGAAUAGAAAACUUAGCUCUACGUCAAAGAUUUCAAGAUAACCUGCACACUCUCAAUCAAGAUAUAAUGUAUAAAGAAAUGAAAUACCAGGGUCUUCUUACUCUGCAAAACUCUGAGGAUAUUUAAAAUGCAGAUAUAGCAGAAAUGUACUAUUUUUAAAAUAGUCAAAAUUGAGUUUUAUUGAUUCAAUUUGGAUAUUUUUCAUUAAUUCUUUUCAAGAGUUAUAUUAUUGAUUACUUAAUUUAAGUGAAUUUAUUUGUUGUACUGUUUUUAUUGAUUAUACUGGGAGUAAGGGAACCACUUUCGUAAAUUAUGACAGUAGAAACUAAAAAGUAUACAUGGACUAAAUGAAAAUUGUUAUAAAAUUGUGUAUUUCACUAAUUAUUGCACUUCAUGCAAUGCUACUUGUGAAUCUGAAGAGCAAGCUACUGUCAAGUCGAAUGUCAAUAACAUGAGUAAAAGCAAUAGCAAGUUUAUAUAUUGACAUGAUUAAUUACUGUUUUAACUUCGAGAAUGAUUACUUAACACUUUUGAAUUCAGGGUAAAAAUAAAAAAAAAUUAUAGAUUUAAUUUAUAAUAAAAAUUAUCUGUAUGUGAAAUAAUUGAUAAUGUAUAGCAAGUAGCUAAACCUAACAUUCCAAUUAGAAACUGAUUGGUGAAAGUACAUUAAAUUGGUUGUUUACUUUCUGUGUUAAUAUCCUUAGAAGCAAUAACUUUUUUACUAAUUUCUUGGGUUAACGAGCUCAUGGCCCAUCUGGCAUUAAGUGAUUACCGGUGCUUAUAAAUAUGAUAGCGUAAUUUCCGUCACCCACAACUCAAGGGAGAUGUUGGCUGACAUAAAAUAUUAGAACAAAAUUUAUUACGAGCAACUUUCAAAUAACAAUUUAAAAAAUCCUACCAGUUCGCUGCUAGUAGCCUAGAGGCUAUUCCAGUUACGCCCGGAUUGAUUUUAGCAAGCUAUUUCAAAUAUACAAAUCACGAUAAACCUGUACAGUACAAGAAUUGAAUUAGUCUUCAAUUCUGAAAAUGACUUUAAGCUGAGCAUAAACUGAAGCAAUAUAAUCUUACUCACACAUUGCCUAGUCUAGUUUACAAUAAAAAAAAUUGCUUACUAUGCAAACACCUAAGAGGUAAACUUAGUAGUUUACUAUUAUCUGAUUUUUUAAAGAAGAUAUGUUGAGGGUAGCUUUAAUAAGAUUUGUUGUCAACGUCACUUUAUGAAUACGUUAACUACAGUUGAAACCUCGUUAAUAUUUCUAAAGUACUGCCCCACUCUUGAAAUCUUGAAGGUCUCGUUAGGGCAGUCGUUAGCGUUCUUGACUACUGGGCCGAGGGUCGUCCGUUCGAAUCCCACAAUGGUCAAAGAUUCGUGCAUAUAUUAAAAAUUAAUUAAAUACUGAGCAUUCGUGCGACGAACAAUUAUUUGUUUUCUCUGUGUCUAGGUGUUUAAUAUUUAUAUAAGUAUCACACAUACUUAAAUGCAUUUUGAAUUCCAAUAAUUGGGACGAACCAGCAGAGAAAUGGCGGUUCUCUCAGAGGAAAGAUUAAAAUUAUGAAGAUUGAUCGCAGCUUGUGUCCCGCUAGAACCAAAUUCUAAGCUCCGUCAUAGCUAACAACAGAUCCUGUGAGAAAUAUAUCAAAAAAGGGAUUGGUAUGGCAAAGAGUUCUUUGUCCUAAAUGGACUGAGUAUGGACUAACAUAAACAUUUCGGGAUAGACCAAGAUGCACUUUCUCUUCUUUUCCAUUUUUCUUUACGGUGGGGAGACUACCGUCGAAUCGACGCGUUUGAAAAGUGGUGCUGUAAGAUUUUUAUAUUGCUUAGAUGGUUGGUCGAGCUCACGGCCUACCCGAUGUUAAAUAGUCAUCGUAGCCCAUAGACACCAACAACGUAAAUGUCGCCUGAAACUUAGAACUCGUGCUAGCACGAGCACAAAUUCUAAGUUUCAAUUCUUACAACAAAACGGCUGCCUCAACCGCUGCUUCAAACCGAGACGCAUUACUAUUUCGUUUCACUACAGAAAUCAGAGAGUUGAAAUAUGACUAGAGGAGCAAACCUCAGUACCUUGCGUACUCAAAAGUGUAGCCGCUUUAUGCGGCGACGAUGUAGCUUUGAAAGUAAUAAAGAUUUUAAAUUAAACAUAUUAAUUUAUCUCUUACUCUAGUUCACUAGUUACGCGGCGUAUUGUUAGUUGGGUAAAGAUGGUAGGUAAUAUUACUUGAAGCAGAACGAUUUAUGUAACCUGCUUAAGAAAUAUUUUGCCAGAAUAUUUAUUAUUUAAGCGAAAAUGAAUAAAUAAAAUAAUUUAACUAAAAUAAUUUUGAA